GCAGCGGCAGCGGCAGCAGCACGAGCGGCGGCGGCGGCGGCGGCAGCGGCAGCAGCCCUCCCUCCGGGGGAGAGAAAUCCCAGGUAGCGGAGCCUGAGCUCUCCCGGCGCCCCGGAGCUCCCCGCAGGAAACCCCAGGCAGAAGUCCAGCCUCGCCGGGCUACCUCUGUGGCUGGUGCUGAAGCCUCCGGGAGGCGGGGCUGGUUCGGAGCGUCCGCGAGAGUCCGGAAUCCAGUGCCAACAAUAUGCCCAAGCAAGUGGAAGUCCGGAUGCACGAGAGUCACCUGAGCUCAGAAGAACCCAAACGCAGAAACUUGUGCCUGAGGAUAUGGGACAAUCUCGGGAAGAACCUUCUACUUUCUCUGACAGUAUUUGGCGUCAUCCUGGGGGCCGUGUGCGGAGGUCUUCUUCGCUUGGCGUCUCCCAUCCACCCCGAUGUGGUCAUGUUAAUAGCAUUCCCAGGAGACAUCCUCAUGAGGAUGUUAAAAAUGCUCAUUCUCCCCUUAAUCAUCUCCAGCUUAAUCACAGGUCUAUCCGGCUUGGAUGCUAAAGCCAGUGGCCGACUGGGAACGAGGGCCAUGGUCUACUACAUGUCUACCACCAUUAUUGCUGCUGUCUUAGGUGUCAUUUUGGUCUUAGCCAUCCACCCAGGGAACCCUAAACUGAAAAAGCAGCUGGGACCCGGGAAGAAAAAUGAUGAAGUGUCCAGCUUAGAUGCCUUCCUUGACCUCAUCCGAAACCUGUUCCCCGAAAACCUUGUCCAAGCGUGUUUCCAACAGAUCCAAACUGUGACCAAGAAGGUGAUGGCCACCCCCAAGCCCAGUGAGGAAGCCAAUACUACCAGCUCCAUCAUCUCUCUGCUGAAUGACACAAAGACCGAGGUCCCCGAGGAAACCCAGCUGAUUAUCAAGAAAGGCUUGGAGUUCAAGGAUGGGAUGAAUGUCUUGGGUCUGAUAGGUUUCUUCAUUGCUUUCGGCAUCGCCAUGGGGAAGAUGGGAGAACAGGCCAAGCUGAUGGUUGAAUUUUUCAACAUCCUGAACGAAAUUGUCAUGAAGUUAGUGACCAUGAUCAUGUGGUAUUCUCCCCUGGGUAUUGCCUGCCUCAUUUGUGGAAAAAUCAUCGCCAUCAAGGACUUGGAAGUGGUCGCCAGGCAACUGGGGAUGUACAUGGUCACCGUGAUUGUGGGUCUCAUCAUCCAUGGAGGCAUCUUCCUCCCUUUGCUUUACUUCGUGGUCACCAGGAAAAACCCUUUCUCCUUUUUUGCUGGUAUUUUUCAAGCCUGGAUCACAGCCCUGGGCACAGCUUCCAGUGCUGGUACAUUGCCUGUCACUUUUCGGUGCCUGGAAGAAAAUCUGGGGAUUGAUAAGCGUGUGACUAGAUUUGUUCUACCAGUUGGAGCAACCAUUAACAUGGAUGGAACUGCAUUAUAUGAAGCUGUAGCCGCCAUCUUUAUUGCCCAGAUGAAUGGGGUGGUCCUGGAUGGCGGACAGAUUGUAACUGUGAGCCUCACCGCCACCCUCGCCAGUGUUGGAGCUGCCAGCAUCCCCAGUGCCGGAUUGGUCACCAUGCUUCUCAUCCUGACGGCCGUGGGCCUCCCAACACAGGACAUCAGUCUGCUUGUUGCUGUUGACUGGCUCUUGGAUAGGAUGAGAACUUCUGUCAAUGUUGUCGGGGAUUCCUUUGGGGCUGGCAUUGUCUACCACCUGUCGAAAGCUGAGCUGGACAGCAUCGACUCACAGCACCGAGGGCAUGAAGACAUAGAAAUGACCAAGACUCAAUCAAUUUAUGAUGACAUGAAAAACCAUAGGGAAAACAACUCAAAUCAGUGUGUUUACUCAGCACACAACUCUGUCAUAGUGGAUGAGUGCAAGGUCAUGCUGGCAACCAAUGGAAAGUCGGCAGACUGCCAUGGGGAAGAGGAACCGUGGAAGAGGGAUCACUAAAGCGCAGAAACAGACUCCGAGCUCCACCUUGAAUAAACUCUCCGAAGUUAUCCAAUGGUAAAAGAUGAUGUAAAGAUUAAACAAAAACAUCCUUAAAAAAAAGAUAUAUAAAUAUGCUUACUUAAUUUGUUAACUGACGCUAGGAGGAGGUGUCAUAAAGCAGCCUUUGUAAGCACAGGGCAGUGUCUUUGCCAAAUAACUGGCCAUAACCAUUUAACCCUCUCCGUUGUAUUACUGUUUGGAUGGAGGCAGCUGGAGGAAUCGGUUUGCAUUAAAGAUGCCCUCUCACUGAUGACCCCCACCCUCCCACCCUCGAGCUGUAGAGAGAAUGUGAACCUUCUUUCUAUAGAAAAUGUGAAAAUGUGGUGAAGCCAUUGCAGGAAACCACAGGGACUCAAGGCACAGAGAAAUUAGGAUGUGCUACCGACUUAAAGUAUUUUCCAUGUUUCCUCUUGGAACGCACAAGAGAUACCACCAGCAAGCUUCAUCUGGUUGAAAAUCCUCUUCCAAGUUUUACAUGUUUGACUCAAAGCAAACACCUGCUGCUGACCAUUUUGUCUUCUGGGUGCCCUUUAAAUUAAGUGUCUCCAAAAUAAUUUUUAAAAAAAGACUUUAGAGGGAACUAGAUUCACUAGAUUCAAAAAGGCUGAUUCCAAACACUCUUCUUUUUUUCCCCCAUGUCCCUCUAUCAAUGAAGUUUUUAGAUCCUAACUCAGGAGUUCCUCCAUUUCCUGAAUGGAAUUUCCCACUCUCUUAUACAGAAUGGCAACUCCUCUGUAACUUAUAGUCCUAUAGAGUUGCUUGGGGCAUAGAGAAGUUACACAAUGCAUCCCCUGUCACACAGUAAAUGCCAGGGGCAAAUCUUUAACCUAGCUCUUCCUGACUCCAAAGCUGGACCUCUAAGUCCUACACCCUAUUAAACUCAUGCUCAUGAAUAACUACAGAAAAAUUUAAAAACAACUUAUAUUUCAUAGUCGCAACUCUUUUAUAGUAUAAGAGUCAGAACAGUUACCAAUCUGCAUCAGUAAGGGCUAUAUCCUCGAUGGGAUCUCAUCAUGCUCAAAAAAUCAUAGAUCCAGACCUCCCUCCCCCCUUCCCCAAGAACCCUCAUAGAGAUCACUUAAACAAUACAACAUACUGUGCCGUUCUACUUGUAAGGCUUUUUUUCUAUUGAAUCACCUAAUCAUUGAUUAAGAAAUAAUGUUUACCCAGUGCUGCUGCAUAUAUUUAUCAAAAGUUAAAGACACAUUCAAUGUAAAUAUUAACAAGCUUCAAGAAUAAGAUGAUCUGUCGAAAGCUGUUUUGCCUCCAACUGUGAUAAUGAAAUUCAUUGUGGCUGUUUGGCUUAUGUUUACAGUGGGCUUCACUUUCCUCAUCAUACACAGUAGCAUUAUUUAAUUUAACAAGUAUUUAUUAGGUACUUACUUUGGGCAAGUCUCUAUUGGGUUAGAUAUUAAGAAUACAGAGGCAAAAAUGAAAUAGUUCCUGACCUCAAGGAAUUUGCCUUCUCUUGAAGUGAGGUUGUAAUUUGGGUUUCUACUGAAAUUGAAUUAUUCUUUGGGUUUCUAAUGAUGGGGCCCCUACUUUUUCCAUAAUAAUCCAAGAAAUGCAGCAUACACAACUAUAUAAAGUGAUCAGAUCCCCUUGCAGGGGUAAACUUUGUAACCAUGCAGUAUUUAUAUAAGAUGAAAAGGGAUGAUAUACUUACACUGAAUGCCUAAACAUCUGCACGGGACACUUAAUUUAAAGAAAAGUUCAUCUUUUUUAUCAAGUCUAUUACCUUACAUGAGCCCAUAUCAAUGAUUUUUGCUUCCAUACUUCUCUUGAAUCAGGGAACUAAAAAAGAUUAGUAUGUAAAAUAUUCCAUAGUGGAAAAAAAAAAGCUUGUAUUCUUUGUAGUUUAAUCCAUUUAGCCCUAAACUUUGAAGGAGACAAUGAAGGAUACCUCCUUGCCAUUUUUAUCCAGGUAGCCAUUUUGAUGUUAUGGGAGUUUGAAGGAAGUCUACAUAGAAUUAACUUUAUCCUAGAGUAAGGCCAGGAAUGGUGGAUUUGACUAGUACCUUUCCAAAUAUUCUCCAUAAUUAAUACUUUUGAAGCCCACAGUAUUGCUACUAAAUUUGUAGAGUUGAAGUUUGCUGAGGACUUGAAAGUGAAUCACCAAAGAACUUGGCCCGUUAAGCUUCUAGGAAUAUCUAUAACUUGAUCUUCAUAUAGAAAAUAUCUGAAAAGAAGUAAAAAGAGUUGUUCCAAGGAUGGAGAUAUUCAGAGAACAAAUAGCAAUGAUAGAAGCCAAUGUUCUAUUGUGAUGGGAUAUUUUGUGGGCAUCUUGGCUACCUAUCUCUUCCCUCUCUGUUCCUUAUGGCUUCUCUCUUUCAAAGCUCAUUCCCUCAAAAGGAAUAUUGGAAUCUGCUUGUGUUUGUAUUUCUUAGAGCAGAGUCACUGUCAGCCAAGGAGCAGUAUUAAACAAUAUUUUUUUCUUUCAUAGAAAAUUGCUCCAUGAUUCAUUUUCCUUGGACUGGCAGGGACUAGAUUGUCCAAGGGAUUGUUGAGAGAAUAUAGAUGGAGCAUUUUCUGUUUCAGGAGUCACAAGCAAGGGAGACAACUAAGACUGUUCACGUGAUAGGGUUAACACCAAUAAGACAGAUCUCCCAGGAAUUCUUGAUCAUGUUGUGAAGUCUCUAGGAAAUACUCUAAGGGGAAGGGUUAUUAAGGCUCAGCUUCUUAUUUGUAAAUUAUAUUGGGAUGCUCAUUGGCAGAAGGGUAAGGGUGUAAAUCUAAGCGAUGUUGGUGGUCUGCUUCCUAGAAUUUUUCUUCUAAGUUUUUCUCCUUCACAUCCUAAAGCUUCCUCUCUUCUCUGUACCAUCUGUGUAUCUACUAGGUCCCCUAUUUUUCAGAACUCAUCUUUUUUCUUCACCAUGCUUAACCCAGCCCAACAUAAUGUGCCAUAAGAAGAAAAAACAAAUUCAGAAUUCAUAUCCAGCAUAAUUUUUUCCAUAGAGGAUGUUUAUAAUUUUGCUGUUGAGAUUUAUAUAUACAAAGCCAUUGUAGAAAUUUGGGGCAUUUCAAAGUACAUUAAUGUUAUAUUUAAUUUUUCAAAAAUCCCUAAGUUCUAAGUUUAGAACUGGAAGGGACUUCAUAGGCCAUCUAACCCUAUCCACAUUUUACAGAAGGGGAAACUGAAGCUUAAGUAGGUUAAAUGACUUGUAAGCAGCAGAGAAAGGAUUUGAACUCAUUUUACUCCAGAUCCAGCAUCAUCCAAUGCUUCAGACCCAGAAAGCUCAUGCAUGGAACACAGAACCUAAAUAACUAAGUCAGUUCCAUACAGCUACAUACAUUUAGCUGGCAAGUAAAUUUCUCCCCAACCAUCUGUGAAUUGGGCCAGGGAAGCAGAGGAUGAGGAGGGUGAGAAACAAACUCACUUAAAUGCUUCUUCUUGCCCCCCCCACCGCCCCAGCAUUUCUGGCCCCACCUAAACUCAUCUCCUUUUUUUGAAAAUGUGAAAUUUAUUAUAAUCUGUGAUUAGGAAAAGAUCCCAGAUAUGGGAGAUCAUCAUUCUUUCAAUUAUGGUUGAGGUAGUUCUUUGCUCCAAGCCAUCAAAUGCAUGUCUACACAUUAUAAAAAUAAAAGUCUACAUAAAACAAAACAAAACAAAAACAAACAAACAAACAAACAAACAAAAAACUGGAGCAAUUGUAUGGAUCAUUCAAGCAAAGCAACUGUAGUCUAAGAUGUUUCAGAAC